CCGUGAAUCAAGAAUUUUUUAGUCUUUUAGUUUGGCUUGUGAUGGUCAGCCUUUUUUUCAUGAUCCUUGCAUAUCGAGUUGCACAAAAGAGUCAUCUUUUACCGCCAGUCCUGCGAACUCAGAUUUCCUGAUCCUCCACACGUCGAGCCUCGUUCUCCCUCACUUCUCUCUUCAAUUCCAGUUUCCGUCAACUCAAUUGGCCUUCAAUUCCUGCUUGCACUGUGCUAAACCUCAAAAAUGAAGGGCAAAGUUUGUCUCGCGUACUCUGGCGGCCUGGACACCAGCACGAUCUUGCGAUGGCUGAUUGAGCAGGGCUACGAAGUAGUCUGCUUCCUCGCCGAUGUGGGUCAAGAGGAGAACUGGGACGAAGUCCAUGCAAAGGCCAGCAAGAUCGGUGCGACCAAGAUGGUCAUUCAGGACCUUCGCCGUGAAUUCGUUGAGCAGCUGUGCUUCCGCGCGAUCCAGUGCAACGCGCAAUAUGAGGGACGAUACUUGCUUGGAACAAGUCUUGCCCGUCCAGUCAUUGCAAGGGCCCAAAUGAGGGUUGCAAAGGAACAUGGAUGCGACUAUGUUAGUCACGGGUGCACUGGAAAAGGAAAUGAUCAGGUCCGAUUCGAACUGGCUUUCAUGACCAUUGACCCUAAGAUCAAGGUCAUUGCCCCCUGGCGGAUUCCCGAGUUCUACAACCGCUUCCAAGGCCGCAACGACUUGCUAGACUAUGCCGCCGCCACGGGCAUUCCCGUGACGUCAACAAAGGCCAAGCCGUACAGCAUGGAUGCAAACCUCGCACACUGCAGCUACGAAGCUGGUUCUCUCGAGGAUCCUUCUCUGCCUCCACCCGAUGACAUGUGGACGAUGACUGAUGAUCCUCGCACGGCUCCUGACGAGCCUGUUGACAUUACCAUCGCCUUCAAGCAGGGCUUGCCAGUUAAGCUCACGGUUGGCGACAAGGUGUACACAGACAGCCUCGAGCUCUUCAUUGCUCUCAACGAGAUUGGCAAGAAAGCCGGUAUUGGAAGAAUUGAUAUUGUUGAGUCGAGGUUUAUUGGCUUGAAAUCUCGAGGCUGCUACGAUUCGCCGGCCAUGACUAUCCUGAGGCUCGCGCACAUGGACGCCGAAUCCUUGGUUAUGGACGGCAGGGUACGCUCCCUUCGUGAUCAGUUCGUAACGCACAACUGGUCGGAACUUCUUUACAAUGGACUCUACUUCUCUCCUGAGAGAGAAUUUGUGGAGAACAGCUUGAUUUUCAGUCAACGACGAGUAAAUGCCGAAGUCAAGCUCCGCUGCUACAAGGGCUGCGUUUCCGUUCUUGGAAGAAGCUCCGAGACCGAGAACCUUUACUCUGCGGACGAGGCUUCCAUGGACUCUUUGGUCGACUUCAGCCCCGUAGAUACAACUGGCUUCAUCAACAUCAAUGCCAUCCGUCUUAAGAAGUACGGCAUUCAAAAACUUGAGGAGGGCCAAAGCUUGGGUGGACUGUAAAGUCUAUGAACUCAGGCUUCACUCGCCCAGAGAUAUUUGGAGCGCCCUCCCCAUACCUUUGCUGGAGUAUUGAAAAAGUAGCACAGUACGGAACGAUGUUUGCAUACUAUUCUACAAUCUACAAAGCUAGUGAGUGUACACUUAUAAAAACGUGGUACGGUUGCAUCUGUCAUUCAUUAGGCUGGAGGCGUCCAUGGGUCCCCAAAGGCACAAACGUCGUUUUUAAGACAAAAAGGCACCUGUUCCUACAGGAUUGUGCACGGUCGCCUCUGCUGGAUUUAUUAGCUAGAGCCUUAAUCUGUUCAUGAACGAACGGUUUUCUGUGCAGGAGAAACAAUAUGUGACCUUUGCGUCUGCAAAAUUUCCACCUAUGUGUUCAAUUUCUUUCGUUCCC